AUGCGUUCCAAGUUCAAGGAUGAGCACCCGUUCGAGAAGCGCAAGGCGGAAGCGGAACGCAUUCGUCAGAAGUACUCCGACCGUAUCCCUGUCAUCUGCGAGAAGGUCGAGAAGUCUGACAUCGCCACUAUCGACAAGAAGAAGUACCUAGUUCCGGCCGAUCUCACUGUCGGCCAGUUUGUCUACGUAAUCCGCAAGCGUAUCAAGCUCAGCCCUGAGAAGGCUAUCUUCAUCUUCGUUGAUGAGGUCCUUCCUCCUACCGCUGCCCUCAUGAGCAGCAUCUACGAGGAGCACAAGGACGAGGAUGGCUUCUUGUAUAUCACGUAA